AUGCUAAAUUUUUCUCGUCCCAUUACCACAACAAGCAACGUAAAUUACGAAUCUGUAUACUCUGUAUUUAAUCCUCCAGUUUUUCCGUUUAGAAAGCAAUCUGUUAGAAUAAUUAAUAGCAAGAAUGGACUAGUAGAGUAUGAAAUUAUUGCCAAGUUGGAAGGUGUAGAGACUCUUUUCAACAACAAUGGAAAGAGAGAAGAUGGAUGUGCUACCCCAAAAGACGAUGUUGUAAAGAAUGUUAUUCACGAGUUAGCUCGAUCAUAUCCGAUCGAAAACGAAGACGUAACGGUUGAAGCCUUUGCGAUUUAUUUGGCCAAACAUUUAUUGAAGGAAUUUGAACAAUUUAUUAAUAGCGUCGCUUUGACUGUAGAAAUGAGCGAGUGGGUUCAUUUGGACGAGAACAAUGAAAAUAAUGGUUUCUUUAAGAAUCAACCUGAUUCUGUUCGAUUUGCCCAUCUCUCUCAAAUGAGAGGUCAAGAACCUCAACUAUGUAGUGGAAUCAAACUAUUUGAGAUUACUGGCAACCAAUCAUCAUUGCAAAUGAAUACCAGCAAACAAACGCCGCUUCAGGCCAUCUGGAAGUAUUCCAAUGUGGACUUGGAUGAGUAUUUCAAACAUGAGGAUCUUCACUCAAAUGGAGAAUCUCAUCUUGAUUUCAAUGAUAUUUUCAAACAAGUGAAACAAUGUCUUGUUGAUUGCAUUGGCGAUUUGGACAUGAAAGGACACUCUCUAAAUCUUCACCAAGUUUGCAAUGUUAUUUUGGAGAGAGUUUCCCGUGUCAAAAGUGUUCAUCUCUCUGCUCCCAUGCCAAGAAACACUGAAGCAACAACCAGUAACAGCAGAUAUAGAAAUGACGUUUGUCAGACAUUUAGUGAGGCAUUUGUAUCUAGACAUGUUGCUUUGCCUCUUCACUAUCAUCCUGCCCGUAAUUUAGCUCACCAUCAUCAUUGGGGAAAUCAUCUCCAUCGUAUGAAUCGUGACUUCUAUGGGAGACGUGACUUUGUUUCCAAAUUGUAA